CGGAACAAAUGAAAACAUUACGCACAGUGCAGACGUGACAGUUAUUUUUACAGAAAGUAUAUAUAACUCAGUUGUACAUGUCUACAAACUAAGUUCACAAGUCUCUGCCGCAGUGGUGUGAUAGCUCCUUAAAGCUAAAACUAAGCAAUCAGAAUUAUGUUUGCCUACGCUUUGUUGGUCUGCCUGCCAAUGUUGGCCUUUAGCCAACCAGAUCUUUUGGCCACUCAAGAGUUCGAUAGAUUUGAUGUUGAUCUUGAUGGUAACAUUGAGCCCAGGGAAGUCCAACAAUACUUCAGACGCUAUGACACUAACGGAGACAAUGAAAUCUCUAGACAAGAGUACAGAGUGGAAGUAGAAUCACACCACAUCCACAACCAAGAAGUACAACGCGUCCUUCUGCGUUUCUUUGACGAGAUUGACUUCAACAACGACGGAAUCCUUGACCAAUCAGAUUUCAAUAAAUUCUUCGCCAACGCAGACGCCAACCAGAACAACCUUGUGAACGAGAACGAGUUUACAACCUACUUCCACCAGUUGACCGGAGGCCCAGUGGUCGGCCCAGCUGUUGGUUAAAUCUCUUUCAGGUUUUCACAUUGAUCACGACUUUGAUAUCAUUCAGUAAAUUUUAUGUAAACAAUACGAUUAAACAUUUAUUUUAACAAUCAUAA